AUGGCCUUGGGCGGGUAUAAGCGCGUCGCGCUCGCGGCGUUUCUUGGGCGGAAGCGUGCACAAGAGCGAGAUAAACCACGACAACCCCAGGAACAGAUUGUCAACCGCACCCAACCCAGCUCGGAUCCAGAUCCUGAACAAGCGAAACAGGACGAAGCAGCACACACGAAGGUCAAGUCUCGCGCUGCUAUUCUGCACGAGAAAGAGAAGCGACGGCGAAAGAAAGCGAAUCAACGGCAACGCGAGAAGGAGCAGUCACGGAUUCACCGCCAAGAACGGUGUCUCAAUCGCCCCCAAUCAGGCUCGAAGGUAGCUCGCGAACAGAUCAAAUCAGAAGAAGCGGUAAUCACGAAUGUACCAUCUUGCACUGCGCACUCGCACAAGAAGGAGAAGCAGCAGCGGUCUAAUUCAGAGGAGCAGAGGCUCAAGGACUCAGAACCGUCGAGCGAAGAGAAGCAGCGACUUCAAAACGAAGAGAAUAAACGACUGAAGAAGCUGAAGAAGCGGCAAAAGCGUAGGAAAAGGAUAGAUCGGCAGACUGAAGAGCUCCAAGAGCAGUCCUUCGGGACCACAGAAGAUCCUAGCAAUGUGCCGGAAGGGGCAGCGCAUGGUUCUCCAGAAGUCGGUGACUUUGCGGACAGCCAUAAUUCUUCGGAUCGUGUUGAGGAAGUUGACGAAGGUGCGAAGUACGACCUCGCCGUGAAGUUCCGGUGGGUAAAGCUGAAAAACGACAUUCCGGAGCCCAUCCAGGAUAACUUCUUCGACUCCGCCUUCGAGGACGACCAUCAGCUGCGGAGCAAGGAGCUCAAGUCAAGGCAAGAAGAAUUCGAUGCCCCGAAAGAGCCAUAUCCUCAGCCACACCGGAGCCCAGCUCACGAAGAACAACCGCGAACGCCUACACGCUCUCCUCCGAUCCAAGAGCCCGUAACCCCAAAUCAACCGAUAAGGACUCCGGACGUCCUGGUAGUCACGCCCAGCAGACGACGCCCCAGUCCGCAGCUCGAAUACAUUGUCUCACCGAAGUCAUCUGCGCUUCUUCAGGCCGCAGCCAACAUGCUCGUCACCCUCAAAUCCCGUACGGCACGCCUGAACGCGCAAAUAGCCGCUUUCAACACGCAACUGCUCGGUUUACAAACCAAGCAACCGUCGCCAUCGAAAAGGAAGUUGGAUGAUGACUCGACAUCCAAGGCGAAGAUCCUAAGAAAGAUACUCCGCGCGAUGGAGAAACACUCGAAUCAGGUAUUCAUGAUGGAGUUUGCUCUGCGAGAUCUGGUUGACGAAGGAGACGAAGACUUGCCGAAAUCUCUGAGGGAGACAGAGGUGGAGUUUGCAAAGUUGGUCAAGACCUAUGAGGGCAGGAUGCACAAGCUUAUGCGAAAGUUGUGCCCGGAGGCGCUGGAGAUGACGUUGAAGGAGGCUGAUGAUGGGUUGGAUAAGAAUAUGUAG